AGCCCUCUGCACACCUAGGAGACCCUCAUUGUCACUCUCGUUAUGGGGAUAAAAAUGGAGGCCCACAGAAGGGGAAGGAUGGGCCCGGGGUCACAGAGCUAGGUCCUCCAGUGAGUCAGAGGACCCUCUUCUUGGCCCAACGCGGGGGCGCCCCGCCCCCCGGGCGCCCGACGUGGACGCCGCCGCCGCCGCCGCCGCCGCCGCCGCCGCCGCCGCCGCCGCCGCGCGGGAGUCGCUGUCCGCGGAGCCGACAUGCAGGCGGCGCGGGGCGGCGCGGGGCGGCCGGGCCGGGCGGGCCGCGGGCCGGAGCGCGAGCUCGAGCGGCCGCCGGGCGCCGGAGCCGCGUCCCCCUGCGCCGCCCCGGGCCGGCCGGCCGAAGGGGCCGCCAUGCCCCCCGGGCCGCCCCGCGCCGCGCUCCGCCUGUGGCUGGGCUGCGUCUGCCUCGCGCUGGUGCAGGCGGCCCUUCGGCCCCAGUGAAUGUCACUGUCAGGCACCUCAAGGCCAACUCUGCGGUGGUGAGCUGGGACGUCCUGGAGGACGAGGUUGUCAUCGGAUUUGCCAUCUCUCAGCAGAAGAAGGACGUGCGGAUGCUGCGCUUCAUCCAGGAGGUGAACACCACCACCCGCUCGUGCGCCCUCUGGGACCUGGAGGAGGACACUGAGUACAUUGUGCACGUGCAGGCCAUCUCCAUUCAGGGCCAGAGUCCAGCUAGCGAGCCAGUGCUCUUCAAGACGCCGCGCGAGGCUGAGAAGAUGGCCUCCAAGAACAAAGAUGAGGUGACCAUGAAGGAGAUGGGGAGGAACCAACAGCUGCGGACAGGCGAGGUGCUGAUCAUCGUCGUGGUCCUGUUCAUGUGGGCCGGCGUCAUCGCCCUCUUCUGCCGCCAGUAUGACAUUAUCAAGGACAAUGAACCCAAUAACAACAAGGAAAAAACCAAGAGUGCGUCAGAAACCAGCACACCAGAGCACCAAGGCGGGGGUCUUCUCCGCAGCAAGUUUCCAAACAAGCUCUCAGUGAACAUCAUCGAAGCGUGACUGCCUGUCUGCAGGGAGAAGGAUUUCAUUGUUCUCUGCCGAUCCCCGGGUCCACGGGCACAGGGAAAGGGAAGACUGUGGUGGGGGAGGCACAGCUAGCUGCAGUUCUCCCUCUCUCCCCGUCCUAGUCUGGUGAAGGAGGCUGAACUACAAACCCAAAUUCUGCAAAAAAAAAAAAACAAGCCACAAAACUAAAAGGCCUUGCCCUGUUCUGGAAAAGGCAAAGCUGCGUGAGACACAGCCUUCUUUCUGCCUCCUCACCUCUCCUGGACUGGCUUCCUGAGAAAAUACGCAAAGCUCCUGGGAGAUGACAAGCACCUGGACUGACUCAAGCUGUGUCUUUCAGACCAAGAACCAUCAGGGAAGCCAUGGGGCUGCCUGCUUGGCAGGGUCAUGGCUGCCAUCAAGCCUUUUCUGGAUCCAGCCAUCAAGAACUUGUUUGUGGUGUGAUGCAAAACUUUGCGUGCGUGUAAGAUGUUAUCUGUUUUGUUACUUUUGGAAAACGUAAUCGAAGGGCUUCACUCUAGAGGGCAGAGGGAUUCCCCGAGCUGGUUGCCUACAUCCUCUGUCUUCUUUGGCCCUUAUUUUGACUGUAAGAUCAUCAGUCUGGGGUCUUAAGAAGACAAAAUAGGAAAGAGACCUGGAAGGUAUUGGCCCCAUUUCUUGAGAAAGUUCUCUUGGAGUUGUAACAUUGCUGGCUUGCACAACUGAAAAGGUACGUCCACAUGGGACAUCCUGAGGGCUGCUAAAUCACCCACUCUGGGGUGGAAGCUGCUGGAAGGCAGGACUGAGCCAUUCACCACGGACAGUCAGAGCAGCCCUGGCUUCUGGGGUCUCCAUAUCUUGCCAUCUCAUCCAGGGUUCUGUGAAAGCUACCCAGGAUCCUCAUGUCCUUCCCUAGAGCCUGAGUUGUAUGAGGUGACAGGUCUCUCUCUCCACUGCCCCUUUCUGGUUAAAAAAAAAAAAUGGUGCUUGAUAAGGGAAGGCAGACUCCUCCCUAGGACUGACAAGUUAUGGCCGCUGAAUGCCUGCAUGGGAAGAGAUGGACUUCUGCAUCUUCCAUUGGUGGCUAAGGACGGGCAUGCGGGAGGACUGCGCCUAGCACAAGCCUGGCACAAGCCUGGCACAGUAGGUGCUCAGUGGAUACCUGUUGAACUGAAUGAUAAGAGCAACGGCCCCCAAGCCAGAGAGCUGAAAGCCAUUACCCAAUGACCGUCCCUUCCUUCCAGUCUACAAGAGCUCUCAUGGCUGGGUGGGCCACCACUCUGCUUUGCCUGAGUGUGGCAGCACAAGGAGGGAGGAGAGAUAGGGUGAAAGGCAGAUGUCAGCAAUACUAAGGGCUUCCUCAUGGGAGGGCAUGAGGCUCCACUCAUUGUCCUGUGACUUCCAUCCCUGCUGAAUGGGGCUGCAAGGCCAAGGCUCCUUAGGGGAGAGGUCCUUACCUCUGAUCCAGUUAGAGCAAUAACCACUUUUUAAAUGUAAAAUAAAAAGACAAAUGAAAAGGCACAUCCUUGUCUUCUGGUAAAUGCCCAAAUGUUGCCCUCUUUUUCUGGCAAUUGGCAGCAAGUCAGGAUGUGUGGAGGAGGAAGUCAGUUCUCUCUCUCCAUUUUGGCCUGCAGCUUCUCAGGGACAUGCCUGCCAGCCAAGCUAGAGUUGGAAGGGAAAUCUUGAACAGAUGGGGGUGCACGUGUC